AUGUGGUGGAAGUCAAGUGGAUAUUCAGGCUCAAAACAAAUGCAAAAGGAGAUGUUACAAGCAAGGUUAGUGGCCAAGGGGUUUACUCAGCAGCAUGGAAUUGAUUAUUUGGAGACUUUUGCCCCAGUUUCAAGACAUGAAACUAUCAGACUACUUCUUGCUGUUGCUGCUCAAAGAAAAUGGGAGUUAUUUCAACUUGAUGUCAAGUCUGCUUUUCUAAACGGAAAGCUAGAAGAAGAGAUAUAUGCUGAGAAACCACCUGGGUUUGAAGAAGAAGGAAAGGAAGACUGUGUUCUUCGUCCACACAAAUCUCUUUAUGGUUUAAAGCAGGCACCUAGAGCAUGGUACAACCGAAUUGAUGAUUUUUUCUUGCAAGAAAACUUCAAGAGAAGUGACAAUGAUCAUGCUUUAUACACAAAAGAAGCUCAUGGGAAGAUUUUGGUGGUGUGCAUCUAUGUGGACGAUCUUAUUGUCACCGGAGACGACAAGAAAAUGGUGGAUGAUUUCAAGAUGGCAAUGAAGAAUGAAUUUGAGAUGUCUGAUCUAGGACUGUUGAACUAUUUCUUGGGGAUGGAGAUUGUGCAGAGUGAAGAAGGAAUUUUUCUAUCCCAAGAAUGCUAUGCAAAGAAGCUGUUGGAGAAGUUCAACAUGAAAGAAUGCAAGAUCAUGAGAACAACAUUAGCACCUCAAGGCAAGAAUCAAGAUGAAGAAGAAGAACUUGAUGAUUCUAAAACUUAUAGGAGCCUUGUGGGAGGUCUGUUGUAUCUAACAGCUACUCGACCUGAUCUGAUGUUCUCUGCAUCUUAUUUGUCUAGGUAUCUGAAGGAACCAAAAGCCAAGCAUUUCAAGGAGGCAAAGAGAGUUCUCAGAUACAUCAAAGGGACAGCUGAUAUAGGAUUGAUGUUUUCUGCAGUCAAGGAGCCAAAGCUUGUUGGAUAUUCAGAUAGUGAUUGGGGAGGAUGCAAAGAAGAUCUAAAAUCAACAACUGGAUAUUGCUUUAGCAUUGGGUCUGCAAUAUUCUCAUGGAAAACCAGCAAGCAAGACACUAUCGCUCAAUCCACCGCUGAGGCAGAAUACAUGGCUUUGUGUGCAGCAACAAAUCAAGCAAUAUGGCUAAGGCGUUUGCUUGAAGAUUUGAAGUUCAACACUCAAGAGGGAUUACAGCUUGUGAUGCUUGUCUCAAAGAAGAAGAUGUCGACUCAAGUCAAGAACAAGAUGCUAACCAAGAAGCGCCUGCUUCCGAAGAGAGUGAAGGUUUGUGAUAUGGCACUGUAUGCAUGGGGACAAGAACCGCUCUUCGCACUUGGCCAAGAACAUUCUCAGCGAACAGGAGAAGACGGAUGA